AGAAGAAGAGGUUUUCAAGCGCAACACGAACUACGACACGGUUGGCCACAGGAAGAGAUCCAAGUCCAAGCUUGGGAUGAGGUGCGAUUAGAGACUGGCGGACGACAGAGCGAGAAGUUUUGUUUUAGCAGCGUCGGCCAGAUUGACCGGGAAAAGCACGUCGAGGCCAAUACCAGAAGGAUCAAGUUUCUGGCGGACGUAGUACCUCAGCGACAAGUGUGCGACCGACUUCAUUAGACACGGUGGGCGACAUAAGUCCAAAUCUAACAGCAGCAGCACAUUGAACCGGGUAUCUACCUACAUUUCAUCUCAAGCAGAUUUGGGCUUCCCUCUCUACCUGUCAACUUUCUUCCCGGACACAACGCCAUCUUCGCUACAAAGUACUCCCUCCUCCUCUCUCAUCUGUGUCUCUCCUUGCGAUAGAGAAGAGAAAGAGAAAGCCAUGUCUCACGCCAAACGAAACACUUCCCUCGCGUUCUUCACGGCGCACGAACGCUCACUGCUGCGAUCGAGCUGGGGUACGCAAUCGACGCGUCUCUCGCGCGAUAGUUUCCUGCCAUUUGGAUACUGUAGGCUCUGUUUGAGUCUGGCCGUUGACCCCGUGACGUGUCCCGGCGAGCAUCAUGACUCGGACUCGGAAUCGAACACCACCGGCGGCACGACGGGCAAUGCCGAUGGCAAUGUCAAAGUGCACCUCUUCUGCAGAGAAUGCGCACUGAACGACCUCAUGGCUCAACGGAAGGAGAUCAAACGCCUCGAACGCGAGGCCGAAGUUCGAGAGAAGGAGAAAGAGGACGAAGAGACGAGAGCCGAGGAAGAGCGAAGGAGGGAGGAGGUGGAGAGGUUCGAAAGGGCGGAGAUGGGCUAUGACGAGACGACGGCGGCGGGUACGAAGAGGAAGCGCGACGUCGCUGCUGCUGCUGGUGCUGCUGAAGAGAUGCACGCACGCACUGCUGCUGCUGCGCCGGACGCAAACGCAAACGCAAACGCAACAAAAAAGGCAAAGAAAGAUUCCGAAACGAGUUUCUGGAUCCCCGGCUCGUCCGAAGUACUUGCGUCGCAGUCACGUUCACAACGCUCCUCCCGCGCCACCACCGCGAAACUGCACCCUCUCUGUCCGGCGAGCACGCCUGAAAACAAGCAUCCCUAUUCGCUCAAGGGCCUGAUCGCGGUCCGAUUUUCGACGGAACAAAGCGAAAGCGCAGGCGACCAGAACAAGACCAAUACUAAUACUAGUAACUGUACAACGACAGGUGCUGCCCCGAUCUGCCCUAGUUGCAAGAAGAUGCUGACGAACACGUCGCGGGCGAUGCUGGGCACGGCCGAAAACUGCGGCCAUGUGGUGUGUAAAGGGUGCGCGGAUCUACUCUACGGACUGCGUGGGCGGGACAGCAACAACACCAAGAUGAAGAACACCGGCACCACCACUCAAGGACAGGGACCUGGACAUGCACAGGGACAAGCAAAUGAAAAGGACUUCGUCGUCGGCUUCGGCGGAUCGCCACCAUCAGAAAGGAUUGCUUGCUAUGUAUGUGAAGCCGAUCUCAGCGGCAACCAGAAUCCGAAUCAGAAUCAGAAUCCUCUCGAUCAUGAUGGGAAUGGCAGCAGCAGCAGCCUCCUUGAAGGACAACAAAAUGGAAGCGCGGCCAAGCCCGCAGCAAAAGAAUCUCGAAAGGACAAGGCCAAGAAGGAGAAGAAAGUAGGCAGGCUGGUCGAGAUCAGUUGCGAAGGGACUGGGUUCGCGGGUGGUGGGACGAACAUGGCGAAACGAGAGGGUGUGGCUUUCCAGUGCUAACUACGGUAACUGGCAGACCAAGCAACGGAAAUGUGUGGUCUGCGAUACGAUGUACAGGCACCGAACAGAUAUACAAUUGUACAGUCACCACUCGGAGAACCUCUCCAAAAUCGACCGGAGAAUGCAUUGAAAUUAU